AUGAGUACUGAUUUAUGUCCUGUUUAUGCUCCAUUUUUUGGUGCCAUGGGUUGCGCUGCUGCCAUUAUCUUCACCUCGUUUGGUGCUGCUUACGGUACUGCUAAGUCAGGUGUCGGUAUCUGUGCCACUUGUGUCUUAAGACCAGAUUUAUUGUUUAAGAACAUUGUUCCUGUCAUUAUGGCUGGUAUCAUUGCCAUUUACGGUUUGGUUGUUUCCGUUCUAGUUUGUUAUUCUCUAGGUCAAAAACAAGCUCUAUACACUGGUUUCAUCCAACUAGGUGCCGGUCUGUCAGUCGGCCUAAGUGGUUUAGCUGCUGGUUUUGCAAUCGGUAUUGUCGGUGAUGCAGGUGUUAGAGGUAACUCACAACAACCAAGAUUAUUCGUCGGUAUGAUUUUGAUUUUGAUUUUCGCUGAAGUUUUAGGUUUAUAUGGUUUGAUCGUUGCACUAUUGCUGAACUCUAGGGCUACUCAAGACGUUGUUUGUUAA